AUGAAUACACAAAUUUUGAGCCGGAAAGAUGGCUGCACUGGCGCAAAAUACGAUCCCAUUACACGUGAGUGUGCCUUGUCUUAUGGUGACAGAGCUCGAUGUUCGAACGCAAAACUCGUGCAAGUUGCUCGUCCUCAACAGCCGGUGUUCAUGCACUGUUUCAGCUGUGUGCCACACCGAAUGUUGCCGAACAUAGGUGGACCAGCAGGUCCAUUUUCGGAGAGCAUCGACAACGCACCCUCCACUGAAGAAAAACCAGCAACUGCACCCACAGCCCAGACUAAUGAAGCAGCGAAGAGUACAACGCCUUCAGAGGCCGAGUCAUCAACUCCUCUUGGCACGACCGGAACUGGCGCAACAACAUCGCCUACCGCAGAAGCUGCUGUAACGGAAGCUAGCGGAGAAGAAGCUACAACAGAAUUGAGUGCGACGACGGCUCACGAGGAAGCAAGUGGAGAAGAACCUUUAUUGAAAACUACGCCUGCCGAAGGUACAUCCGAAGUGCCCAGCACCCCUACCGGGUCUGAGCCUACAGCAACUCCACAAAGCUUCACCGUAACAGUCGCGCUAGGCUUUGUCCCAGUUGGAGGCGCUACUACGACAGCACCAGCAAGCAGUGAAGGUACCACGGAACAGCCAUCAACGAUAUCUCGCGAAGAAGCCAGCGGAGAAGAGCCGUCAGAGAAGAGUACAACGCCUAGAAUAGAAGCGAGUAUAGACGAGGUUGCUAGUACCGAAAGCACAGCA